AUGUCAGCACCAGCCUCCACGCCUCCCGCCACGGCUGAGGGGGACUUACUCGCCCCAGACGCGGGGACGAAGCCCCCAGGUCCUACUCCCAGCCAGAGCCGCUUCCAAGUGGAUCUUGUUGCUGAAGCAGCCGGAGUAGCAGGCGAGAAAUCUCCGAACUCAGACACAUGUACUGUCCCGUCCAGCGACAAGGCCAGUACUGGAGGUCUCACCGAAACUGAUUAUGGGCCCGGGGGAGAGGAAGCCAAAGGACGCUUUCGGGUGGUAAACUUCGCGGACCCCAGUGGGGCGACCUCUCCCGAGGGUGAUGGGGGCCAAAACGGGGACACGGUGAUGAGUGAGACGAGCCUACACUCGUCCACCGGCGGGCAGCAUCACUACCAUUAUGACACCCACACCAACACCUAUUACCUGAGGACUUUCGGCCAUAACACCAUUGAUGCAGUUCCAAACAUAGACUUCUACAGACAAACAGCGGCGCCCCUGGGCGAGAAGCUCAUCAGGCCCACACUGUCAGAGCUGCACGACGAGCUGGACAAGGAGCCGUUUGAAGAUGGAUUUGCCAAUGGUGAUGAGCUCACUCCUGCUGAGGAGGCUGCUGCAAAGGAGGCGGCUGAGUCCAAAGGCGUGGUCAAGUUCGGCUGGGUAAAGGGCGUCCUGGUCCGUUGUAUGCUUAACAUCUGGGGUGUGAUGCUGUUCAUUCGAAUGUCAUGGAUUGUGGGCCAAGCUGGUAUUGUUCUCUCCUGUGUAAUUGUCGGCAUGGCCACAGUAGUGACCACCAUCACUGGACUGUCUACGUCUGCCAUUGCCACCAACGGUUUCGUACGAGGAGGUGGAGCGUACUAUCUGAUAUCUAGAAGUUUGGGCCCAGAGUUUGGAGGCUCUAUAGGUCUGAUCUUUGCCUUUGCUAAUGCUGUGGCAGUGGCCAUGUAUGUGGUGGGCUUCGCUGAAACAGUUGUAGAACUUCUCGCGGGUGCAGACGUGAUUAUGACGGAUCAAAUGAAUGAUAUUCGAAUAAUCGGCACUAUCACAGUCAUUCUUCUGCUGGGCAUCUCUCUGGCAGGAAUGGAGUGGGAGGCAAAGGCCCAGAUCUUCUUGCUAGUGGUUCUCAUCACAGCCAUUGUCAAUUAUUUUAUCGGGUCAUUCAUUUCUGUCAAAGCUAAGGAACCCUCAGGUUUCUUUGGAUACGAUGGUUCUAUAAUGUGGGAAAACAUGGGCCCAGAUUUUAGGGGGGAAACGUUCUUCUCUGUUUUUGCUAUUUUCUUUCCAGCAGCCACCGGUAUUUUGGCUGGUGCAAACAUUUCAGGGGAUCUUUCUGAUCCGCAAUUGGCAAUUCCAAGAGGAACCCUUCUCGCCAUUUUGAUAACUGGAAUAGUCUACUUGGGAGUUGCAGUUUCCACAGGCUCCUGCAUUGUUCGAGAUGCAAGUGGAAAUAUAAAUGACACAGUCAGCUCCCUUUUCAUGUCUAACUGCACUGAUGCGGCCUGUAAAUUUGGAUUUGACUUCUCCAGUUGCAAAAACUCAGAGGAGGGCUGUCGCUUUGGUCUACAGAAUGAUUUCCAGGUUAUGAGUUUGGUCUCUGGUUUUGGACCAAUCAUCAGUGCUGGCAUUUUCUCUGCUACACUUUCCUCUGCUCUGGCCUCUUUGGUCAGUGCGCCUAAGGUUUUUCAGGCAUUGUGCAAAGACAACAUCUAUCCAGGCCUGGAAAUGUUUGCCAAAGGUUAUGGCAAGAACAAUGAGCCUCUUCGUGGUUAUAUCUUAACCUUUGGCAUCGCAUUGGCUUUCAUCCUCAUUGCUGAACUGAAUGUGAUUGCCCCAAUCAUUUCCAACUUCUUCCUUGCGUCAUAUGCAUUGAUCAACUUUUCAGUGUUCCAUGCCUCACUCGCCAACUCGCCUGGUUGGCGUCCAAGCUUCAAAUACUACAACAUGUGGGUGUCUCUGGCCGGAGCAGUCCUGUGCUGCGUGGUCAUGUUUGUCAUUAACUGGUGGGCUGCUCUCCUCACCAAUGUCAUCGUUCUGGGUCUUUACAUCUAUGUGAGCCACAAGAAGCCGGAUGUGAACUGGGGCUCCUCCACCCAGGCGCUGACCUAUCACCAGGCUCUAACCCACACGCUGCAUCUGAGCGGAGUCGAAGACCACGUCAAGAAUUUCAGACCCCAAUGUUUGGUGAUGACUGGUUAUCCAAACUCUCGACCUGCACUUCUCGAUCUUGUCCAAAGUUUUACUAAAAACUUUGGGCUGAUGAUUUGUGGUCAUGUCCGCACAGGCUACAGAAGGCCAAAUUUCAAAGAUAUUGCCACAGAACAAGCUCGUUACCAGCGCUGGCUGCUCAAGAACGAGACAAAGGGGUUCUACACAUCAGUGUUUGCUGAAGACAUGCGACAGGGAGCACAGUAUCUGCUGCAGGCUGCUGGCCUGGGUCGUCUCCGGCCAAACACUCUGGUGCUUGGCUUUAAAAACGAUUGGAGGGACGGUGACAUGAUGAAUGUGGAGACGUACAUCAGCAUGAUCCACGACGCUUUUGACUUCCAGUAUGGAGCUGUUAUUUUGCGUCUUCAGGAGGGAUUGGAUGUCUCUCAUAUUCAAGGACAAGAUGAGCUGCUCUCCUCCCAAGAGAAGUCUUCUGGGACCAAAGAUGUGAUUGUGUCCAUAGACACCAGCAAAGACUCAGACGCUGAUUCGUCAAAGCCCUCCUCCAAGGCGACCAGUCUCCAGAACAGCCCAGCCAUUGCCAAAGAUGACGAGGAUGAUGGCAAAGCUCCAACUCAGCCACUGUUGAGAAAAGACAAGAGGAGUCCGACUCUCCCUCUGAACGUGGCCGACCAGAGGCUCCUGGAUUCCAGUCAGAUGUUCCAGAAGAAGCAGGGCAAAGGCACCGUGGACGUGUGGUGGCUUUUCGAUGACGGCGGUCUUACUCUGCUGAUUCCUUAUCUGUUAACAAACAAGAAGAGGUGGAAGGACUGUAAAAUCCGUGUCUUUAUUGGGGGCAAAAUCAACCGCAUUGACCAUGACCGCAGAGCGAUGGCGACGUUGUUGAGCAAGUUCAGGAUAGACUUCUCUGACAUCACUGUGCUGGGGGACAUUAAUGUGAAGCCCAAAAAGGAAAGCGUUACUGCCUUUGAGGAGAUGGUUGAACCCUAUCGGCUGAAGGAGGACGACAUGGAGCAGGAGGCGGCUGAGAGGCUGAAGAACAGUGAACCCUGGAGGAUCACAGACAAUGAGCUGGAGCUGUACCGUGCAAAGAGUAAUCGCCAGAUCAGACUGAAUGAGUUGCUGAAGGAGCACUCCAGUACUGCCAACCUCAUCGUCAUGAGCCUGCCCCUGGCCAGGAAGGGCGCUGUGUCCAGUGCUCUGUACAUGGCCUGGUUAGAGGUCCUGUCCAAGGACCUGCCUCCCAUUCUGCUCGUGCGUGGAAACCACCAGAGCGUCCUCACCUUCUACUCUUAA